GUUAAACGUUUCUUUUUACCUGUUUAAACUGAACAGUUGAACCGGUAUGCAGUGAGGCGGCCGUCUCUUUUAUCCAGGUGGGACGGACUGUCAGCAUAAAAGUAUAAGGUCCGCCGCCUCCGGGGCGGUGUCUUCUGACGUGAAGAACCUAAAAAUUCAUCGGUCACUGAACCAUUCCCAUCCUGGUAUGAAAAUCAUACCUUAACUCCGUCCCCUUUUCGCUUCCAAUCAAAACCCUAGCCACCACAAAAUAGUUGAUAAUGCUCUAGUUCUUAUAUUGCUACUUUCUUAAAAAUGGAACCAAGCUAAUAAUUUGCAUCGAUGGAGACAUUUUGAAAUCUAGGGUUACCUUUCUAUCAUUUUUCUAUUAGGGGGAGGGGUUCUUUUGAUCAAGAGAACGACCCUUUGAUCUGGGGAUAGAGAGAGAGAGAGAGAGAGAGAGAGAGAGAGAGAGGAGAAAAUGAAGGAAUUGAUAGGGAGUCCAGGAACUGUGAGUGGGCUAGUACUGAGAAUAGGGCAAUGUGCAUUUGCCGCUGCUUCUAUUGGAAUUAUGGCCUCUGCCAAUGGCUUCUCUCGCUACACCGCUUUCUGCUAUUUGAUUGCUUCAAUGGGGCUUCAAGUUCUGUGGAGCUUUGGACUUGCAUGUCUUGACGUUUAUGCUUUGGGGAGAAAGAGAGACCUUCUAAACCCUGUACUAGUGAGCCUCUUUGUUGUGGGCGAUUGGGUGACAUCUAUGUUAUCACUUGCAGCUGCAUGCUCAUCAGCAGGCGUUAUCGUUCUAUAUGCGAGAGACUUGAAUGUGUGUAAGUCUCAAACAAAUCUCCCAUGUAACAGGUUCGAGAUUUCCAUACUUUUUGGUUUCCUCUCAUGGCUUCUUAUUAGCAUAUCCUCUCAUGUGAUGUUCUGGAUCCUAGCCUCUUUCUAGAUAACUUAUGUGUCCUUGCUCUAGAUUUAGUGAAUACACAAAUGAUAUUAUUAUCUUUUGUUUCACAUGUAAAUUUUGGUUCCCCAACCCCGCUGUUGGAAUUUUCCUUUCCAUUGCUA